UGUGUAGCUCAAAGCCCAUUGAGCAGUUCUUCUACCACAUCAACGGUGGCGCCGGGACCGGCAAAUCUCAUCUCAUCAAGUGUAUCCACGCUGACGCUACCAAAAUACUGCAGAGACUACCACGACUGGCUGAGGAGGCCGACAUUUCCAAGCAAACGGUUGUUCUCGCAGCUUUCACUGGCACGGCGGCGUUCAACAUUUCCGGGGCAACGUUGCAUUGUCUACUCAAACUGCCGAGAAGUCUCAAACCCCCGUACCACGGGCUGGGCAAUAAACUGGACGAAGUCCGAGCCGAGCUGUCCAUCGCCGAAAUACUCAUCAUCGAUGAGAUUUCCAUGGUGUCGAAAGACCUCUUCGCCUACGUGAAUGCCAGGUUGAAACAAAUCAAAGGAAUUAAUUUACCUUUCGGUGGCAUGUCUGUUCUUGCUGUUGGAGAUUUCUUUCAGCUCCCUCCCGUGAGACAGUCCAAACCUCUGUGCGUGUACGAUCCUACGCGGCUGGACCACUGGCGUGACGACUUCAAAAAGAUCACGCUCACCGCCAUCAUGAGGCAGAAAGACGAUGUCGCCUUUGCCGAACUGCUGAACCGACUCCGCGUCAAAGAAAAGUCAGAUGAACUGUCGGAAAUGGACAGAGCUCUCCUUGCCACGAGGUACACUUCCCCAGAAAUGUGUCCAAAGCAUAUUCUGCAUGUUUUUGCCACCAAUAAACAGGUGGAUGGCCAUAACUCUGCGAUGCUGGAACUGCUUCAUAAGGACAUUGUGCAGAUUGACGCGGAUGACUACAAGAAAGACAAAGGAACUGGCAGAAUGGCAAGACUGGAGGAGAAGCUGAACAAGGCUGGAGUGACGCGCCGACAGUUUCCCAUCAAGCUUGCUUUUGCCUGCACGAUCCACAAGGUACAAGGCAUGACAACGUCACAGGCUGCAGUUUCGCUGAAAGGUGUUUUCGAACACGGCAUGGGGUACGUAGCUCUGAGUAGAGUGACUUCGCUCAGUGGUCUGCAUAUUCUGCAUAUGGAUGAGAGAAGGCUUCAUGCAAAUCCACAAAUCACUGCUGCUCUUGCUGAGAUGGCAGAGGAUUCUUUGGAGAGCGUCAUGCCCCUCCUUCACGUGAUGCCGUCGGUAGAUCGGGCAAAUCACCUGGUUGUCGUCCAUCAUAACACCGAAGGGCUGUCUUGUCACGUGCAAGAUAUCGUGUCUCAUCACGAACUGCUUUUCGCUGAUGUUUUGUGCUUCACAGAGACACACCUCCAAGGAUCAGUGGCCGAUGGACGUGCUUGCUUGGAAGGCUACACGAUGUUUUGCAGGAACCGAAGUGAUUCUUACACAAACUGUCCUGACUUGGCGACAAAACGUGGUGGCGGCGUAGGUAUUUGUGUCAAAAGUCACAUCGCGGCCCAGGAAAAGAAAUAUGUUCAGGGUGUGACCGACAUUGAAUUUGUUGUGGUGAAACUUGAAGAUCCCCUCAAUGUGUUGAUUGCUGCCGUUUACAGGCCUCCAGGCAACAGUCUGCGCACUUUUCUGCCAAGCUUGGGAAAUCUCUUGCGGUACCUUGAAGUAAUGGAGCAUCAUCAGAUCUUGGUAUGUGGAGAUUUUAAUGAAGAUAUGCUAUCUGCCUCAUUCAAGCCCAUUCUUGAUUUGUUCCGCUCGAAAGGCUACACGCAACUCAUAGCCACUGCUACCACUGACAAAAACACAUUGCUUGACCUCAUUUUUGUCUCUCGACCUCAGUGUGCCCUUCAUUCAGGUGUCCUGCAAACGUACUACAGCUAUCACAAUCCUGUUUUCUGUGUUUUGACCAGUGAAAGGUAAGUCACAGCUAAAUCAGCAUUUUCUAAAACAACAAGGAUGGAAAUCGAAACGUCAACGGUGUCGUAAGUGUAUAAUAAUAGUGGUGGGAUGCGGUGGGUGAUUUGUUGACUUGAGGAGAGAUGGGAUCCAGAGUGGAAGUGCUCAUUACUUGACCUCUUUUUCUUUCUCUCGACCUCUGUGCUCUUUAUUCAGGUUCCGUGCGAACAUACAACAGCUAUCACAAUCCUGUUUUCUGUGUUUUGACCAGUGAAAGGUAAGUCAAAUCUAUAUCAUGUUUUUCAGUAGUUGGAAAAACAACGAGGACAGACGUCGAAUGGCGUAAGUGUAUAAUAUUAGUGGUGGGAUGUGGUGGGUGAUUUGUUGACUAGAGAUGAAAUGGGAUCUGGGGCUCAGAAUGGUAAACGUAAUGUUGCCAUUAGCCUCACAAUUUCCACAUAGAAAAUAACUACCAACCCAUGUGGAUAGCGAUAGCUGGAAAAGCAGCUUUAUACUGAUAAUAUAAAUUGGUGGCAAUGAAAUCCACCCCUAUUUUGGACACUGAGGUUUGUGCAUGAUGCUAGCAAUAAACCUGUUGCCUGGCUGGCAUUACAAAUGGAGAAAACAUCGAAUUGGAAAAUACUUAUCGAUGGCAAAGGUUUGCUUGACGCGAGAAACAUGCUUCAGAGUGAGUGAAGGGGAGACGGAGAGGAGUGGCCUUUUUAACUUGGAUUCACUUUUAUCAUUUUUAAAUGGUCCCAGGCAAAUCAUAGAAGAGUGAUAAAUGGAAACAAACCGUGAGUAAAGCCUUACAUGAAACUGUCAUUAAAAAGUAUCAUGAGUAAAGGUGGUCAUACAUGUAAAGACAAGGACAGUUGAUGUAGCUGAACUCAUGUCUGUGGUGGUAAGUUGAGGAUGGGCCUGUAUGUUGAGAUGGAAUGGGGGUUGUUGUGGACUCAAGUUCAGUUAAGGGAAGGCCAAGGCUUUUGAAAUUUUCUACAAGCCUUCCCUUAACUUGAUGUAACUUUUUAAAAUUUUAAACUUUUUAGACUUUUUAAUUAGCUUUCAAAAAGUCUUCCCUUAACUCAAGUUGAUUUAACUUUUUAACUUGUAACAUUUUUAACUUUUUAAACUUUUAACUUAAAAUGCUCACUUUCUAAAUUUUUAACUCUUGUAACAUUUUUAACUUUUUAAACUUUUAACUUAAAAUGCUCACUUUCUAAAUUUUUAACUCUUGUAACAUUUUUAACUUUUUAAACUUUUAACUUAAAAUGUUUCACUUUCCAAAUUUUUAACUUUUGAAACUUUUACAUUUUUUUAACUAUCUUAGACGAGUUAAGGGGAGACUUUUUAACGUUUUACAUGUUUUUAUUUCUGAUUUUAGUUAUAGAAAGGCCUUUUAAACUUUUUUUUUAAAUUGUUUUUCACAUUAAUUACUUCAUUUUUUUAUGUAUUAUAUUUUUUCUACGUCAUAAUCGUGAGGCGACAACAGAAAACAGACGAGGUAAGUUUCUCAUCAUUAGACAUGUUUUAUCUUUCUUUCAAAAGACACUAAAUGCUGCUAUUUCACUCUUCUGUAUUUUAACAGUUCAUUUUAUGUGGCGAAAGCAGCUCAUCCACAGUCCACUGACCAAAGACAUCCUCUCUUCGGCCAUGUACCAGCCAAAUGCCGCCUUAAGUCCAGGAAAAGUUUUCCGAAAAGUGUCCCACCCCUCAGAACGCCGAACACAGGCAGUGAAAGAGUCACUCGGCGGGAAGAAAGACUUGACAAUCUUCCACCAGAAACUACAAUGGAGCUUAAAGCAAGCGAGGCAAUGACCCCAGGAGCAGACACCAACUAUGUAUGCAACGUGGAAAUGCCUAAAUAGACUAAGAUCUGGUGUUGGACGUGCAAAAGUCACUCUCGCCAAAUGGGGACAUCUGGAGGAUCGGAACAGCGAGUGUGACUGUGGCACUGAACCACAGACCAUGCAACACCUCCUCAUGUGCCCCUGCUGGAACAUCCCUGCACAGCAUCGAAUUUAGCAGAGUUUAACGAGAAGGGACAGAAAUGUGUUCAGCUGUGGCUCAACCACAUCUAGCCAAGCCUGUAACUAACUGCCUUGUAGCCACCAUAAGAAGAAGCUCAUCCCAGAAUCGAGGCCAGAGGUAGCCAUGACAUAUUACUUUAUUGUAAUAGGGCAACAGUUUCAAGAACACCUGUACAAGGGAGGCCUGCAUCAUGGAACACAAACUCCCAAACACACAUGACUUCUCCUGCUUCUUCUCACAGCGAGAGCCACGCAUUUCAAGAAGACUUGUACAAGGGAGGCCUGCAUCAUGGAACACAAACUCCCAAACACACAUGACUUCUCCUGAUUCUUCUCACAGCGAGAGCCACGCAUUUCAAGAAGACUUGUACAAGGGAGGCCUGCAUCAUGGAACACAAACUCCCAAACACACAUGACUUCUCCUGCUUCAUCUUAUGUUCCUGGGUCUUGCCUGUGGUUCUACAUGCAUCCAGUCAUGCAGACAGAGAACACUUUAGCCUUUAACUGUCGGAAGCUGUCCCUCUGCGAGGCCUCAUAGUAUAGUCUGUUUUCUGUUCUCAUUCAUUCAUUCAUUCAUUCAUUUAUUUAUUUAUUUAUUUAUUUAUUUAUUUAUGGAUUGAUUGAUUGAUUGAUUUAUUGGCCUUUCUAUAUUUCUUUGCCUUCAAUUUUGUUUAUUACGUUUUGUGUUUCCAAUAUGUGCAUGUUCAUUUCAUCACAUACAAGUCCAGUCCAAUGUAUACGUUCUUGCUUGUCAUUUUGUAUGUUCAGUAUUUAUUGAGUCAGUUAAACAUUUUAUCAAUUUUUUUUAUUAUUUAUAAGAUUUCACGCAUUAUAUAUUCCAUUCUGCCCAAAACAACUAAUAUCAUGCUGUAUUUUGGUUCCAAAAAGCACCAUGCAACUGUUUUUUUUCCUUCUUGUUUAGAAGGAAAAGUGUAAAGUGUAUGUUGACAACUUAUGUUGUGAUUUGUCGUAUAAAAUAACCUGUUUUGAAUGACAUUAUUCAUAAUUUACAUUUAUUUAAUUCUUUCUUUAAUAGAAAAUAGGUCUUU